CGAGCCCGCCUCGCGUCGCUUGUUGGCAGGGUGGCUUCCGUCAAUUGCUCUCACUCCACCUUCAACGUUACUUGGCGCAAUUCGUUCUGCACCGCUGCUGUCUUGCGCAUAGUCGCAUGAUUUUCUCAAGUAGCAAGUCACUGUCAUACGCUCUACCCUCGAUACCCAUCUAGCAACAAUGGCAUCGCCCGGCGACCGGACAAACGCUCGGCAAGCGAACGAGGACGUGGAAACUCUAGAGCAAAGGCGCAUCAAUGAGGAAUACAAAAUAUGGAAGAAGAAUUCGGUCUUCCUCUACGACAUGAUGUUCAGUCGAGCACUUGAAUGGCCAAGCCUAUCGAUACAGUGGUUACCAGAUGUCAAGAGGGUUGAAGGGACGAAUAUGAGCCAGCACCGACUGCUAUUUGGCACUCAUACCUCUGACCAAGCCCAAAAUCACCUGCAGAUCGCAAAUGUGGAAAUUCCUGACCUUGUCGAACCUGAUACAUCCGAGUUCGACGAAUCUCGAGGCGAAAUAGGCGGCCAUGGCAAUGCAAAGAGACCGUUUACGUUCCAAGUCAUCCAGAAGAUCAACCACCCCGGCGAAGUGAACAAAGCACGCUACGAACCCACGAACCCUAACAUCAUUGCGUCUUUCACCGUGGAUGGCGACAUUCUUGUAUUCGACAGGACGAAACAUAGUUCCUACCCGAAGAACGAUGAGACGAUUCAAGCAGAACUCAAGCUCGAGGGACAUACAUCCGAGGGCUACGGACUGAGCUGGAACCCGUCUGCUGAAUAUACACUUGCUACCGGCGGACACGAUGGAACGGUCAAGACGUGGGAUGUCAAGGCCGGCUUUGAGGGAGGAGCUAAAACCAUCAAACCUCUGCAAACCUUCACCCAUCAUGCGUCCACAGUCAACGACGUGCAGUAUCACCCGGUUCAACGCAAUUGGUUGGCAACUGUAUCUGAUGACUUGAACUUCUCAAUCGUGGACGCCAAUUCUGGCAAGGUAAUCACGACAAAGAAAGCCCAUGAUGAAGCAGUAAAUUGUGUGGCAUGGCAUCCGCACUUCGAGACGAUUUUCGCAACUGGCUCGGCUGACAAGACCAUUGCCAUGUGGGAUCUGCGCAACACCAAGAACAAAUUACACCUACUUCAGGCCCAUCAGGAUGACGUUGUCGGCCUUGAAUGGCAUCCAGAUAACGACGCAGUCAUUGCCAGUUCGGGCUACGACCGCCGUCUUCUGUUCUGGGACAUCAGCAAGAUCGGUGAAGAGCAAACACCUGAUGAGGCUGAAGACGGUCCACCAGAGCUACUCUUCAUGCACGGAGGCUUUACAAACCGCAUUACAGACUUUAAUUUCAACAAGAACCAACCAUGGCUGAUCUGCGCUGCUGCCGAGGAUAAUCAAAUGCAGAUGUUCCGCCCGGCGAGGUCACUAGUCAAUUCGACAGGGUCAAGGGACGUUACUCAUGAAGAUAUUUCAGAUUGAACGAGGAUGUUCAACUUGUGGCAAAAUCUAGGUACAAGGUACUAGCUAGGAUUCUAAGAUUGUAGGAUGGUGGGGGAAUACCCGUGGUAGUCAACAUAUGAGGUUUUAAGGGGUGCAUGAUAGCUCACAAGUAGGACA